GUCCCCGAGGAAGAGGAGACGAAGAAGAAGGCGACCAUGUUGAUUUAAGAAGAUACACAAAGACGCGAACCUUUUCAACGACAGAACAACAGAUUAAAGACAAUACCGAAAAAAUAGCAGAUUACCCGCAGACUCGGCAUCCUUUGUGAGCGGACACAGACGCACAGGUGACCAGUUGGAGCAGUUGGCUGACUCUAGAAGCCGCGGGUUGAUCCAGGCCAUACUCGGAGCUGUGGAGUUCAGGACACUGAGGGGACAGCACAGAUAUAGACUCAAGGGGUGGAAAGCAUUUUCUGCUUUGGACUUGAAAACCCCUCAUAAGAUUUGAGAUUUCAGGCUCUUUUUGCUUUUCCUGUAAAGCAAGAAACAAUAAGCAACGCAGUGGAAAUAAACAGAAUUCAAAAGACUAUAUGAUUUUUGAAAGAACCUUGUACAAAGUUGGACAUUCUUUUUUCAAGGACAGGGAUAACGAGCGACACCUAUGGACUCAAAGUGGAACCAGGAGAUAUUGAUUUAGAAACAAAAGAUAAAUAUUGAACUAAGAUUAUUUUGAAAGAAAUUAUUUCUCAAGUUCAGAUUGCCUUAGUUGUUCUAUUUCAGGACUUGAACCGCUUUGAUACUUGUUCACGUAUAAUUUUCUAUAUUGUGGACAAGUAAAUUGAUGCAUUUGUGUGCAGAUUUCUCUUCAUUUUGAAGAGCUCUUGUGUAUAAAAGUGUUUUUUCUUGUUGUUGUACGUCAGUCACUCUUGUUAAAGGGACGGAGCUGAACGUACAUGUGUAUAUGUAUAUAAUACAAAUUGACUUCUGUUUAAAAGCUUUGGACUCAAAAGAAUAGAGAAUAUUGUUUGUUAAUGCUUUAUUAAGACUUUUUUACUUUUGAAGAGAGUUUUUAAAGAAAACCUAAGAGGCAAAAACCUAAUACUUUGAAAAAAAAAAAACUCAAGACAAGAAAAUGGCAACGGCCAGAACAGAAAACGUUGGGCCUGUGGUGAUGGGACUGAACAAACAGAAUGGGCAGCUCAGAGGACAAACCAAGCCCUCGGUCCAAUCUGCCCCAGCUCCAGGGAAAACUCUUAGUGCUCCACAAAAGAGCUCCAUCCCACAAGAGUCCGGAGGCAUCAAGUUUGGAGACGACUGGAAGAAGAACCUGCAAUUGCCCCCGAAAGACCACCGUGUCAGAACAUCGGAUGUCACAGCCACAAAGGGGAAUGAAUUUGAAGAUUACUGUCUCAAACGAGAACUCCUGAUGGGCAUUUUCGAGAUGGGCUGGGAGAAACCAUCGCCUAUUCAGGAGGAGAGCAUUCCCAUCGCCCUUUCCGGAAGGGACAUUUUGGCUCGAGCAAAGAACGGAACAGGGAAAAGUGGAGCAUAUCUCAUCCCGAUGCUGGAGCGGAUAGACCUUAAAAAGGACCACAUUCAGGCACUUGUGAUGGUGCCGACCCGAGAGUUGGCGCUGCAGGUGAGUCAGAUUUGUAUCCAGAUCAGUAAACAUCUGGGCGGAGUCAAAGUCAUGGCAACGACCGGAGGAACCAACCUCAGAGACGACAUCAUGCGUCUGGACGAGACUGUGCACAUUGUCAUUGCCACCCCCGGGAGGAUCCUGGAUUUGAUAAAAAAGGGAGUUGCAAAAGUGGAUCGAGUCCAGAUGAUGAUCAUGGAUGAGGCGGAUAAGCUGCUGUCUCAGGACUUUGUGGUUCUCAUCGAGGACAUCAUCAGCUUUCUCCCCAAAAAACGUCAGAUCCUGCUCUACUCUGCCACCUUCCCCAUCAGCGUGCAGCGUUUCAUGGCGUCUCACCUGCAGAAGCCCUACGAGAUAAACCUGAUGGAGGAGCUGACCCUGAAGGGCAUCACUCAGUACUACGCAUACGUCACCGAGCGCCAGAAAGUGCACUGCCUCAACACGCUCUUCUCCAGGCUUCAGAUCAACCAGUCCAUCAUAUUUUGUAACUCCACUCAACGAGUCGAGCUUUUAGCCAAGAAGAUCACUCAGCUGGGCUACUCCUGCUUCUAUAUCCACGCCAAGAUGAUGCAGGAAUACAGAAAUCGUGUUUUCCAUGACUUUAGAAACGGACUGUGUAGAAACCUGGUCUGCACUGACCUGUUCACUCGAGGUAUCGACAUCCAGGCGGUCAACGUUGUCAUCAACUUUGAUUUCCCCAAAAACGCAGAGACGUACCUGCAUCGAAUUGGAAGAUCUGGGCGUUUUGGGCACUUGGGUUUGGCCAUUAACCUGAUCACGUCGGAGGAUCGCUUUAACCUGAAGGCCAUCGAGGACCAGCUGGUGACAGACAUAAAGCCCAUCCCCAGCAGCAUCGACAAGAGUCUGUACGUGGCCGAGUUUCACUGCGAGGGCGACGAGGGCGAAGAGAAGCAUCCCCAGGACACCACCUAAACUAGUGGCUUUGGCCUCUGCACAGACUCUGGCUCCAGGCGACGCUUCAGUUUCACAUUUCCUGUUUUCCUCGCCUGUGACGCAGAGGUUAACGCCGUAUUUUUUUUAAACCACCUCUUUUAUUUUCCAUUUUGAAUUUGGCUGCCAUUGUUUCUCAAAAUCUGAAUCACCUCCCACUGCUUUGCACCAGAUAAUUAUUUAAACUCCUUCAAAUGUCAAACUUGAUCUGAACCCUGGUCCUUUUUUUUUACAUUUUUCCAGCAUCCAGUCUUAAUUUCACUGUUACAAAGGUGCGUCAAAUUCACUACUGUUUUCACACAAGUGCCUUAAAACUCAUAAUUCAUCCAGUCUGCUGUUGAACCCAUAGCAGACAAUGAGCACAAUACAACACAGAAACCAGAAUUUAAUUUUAAUUUAAAACAUUUUAUGCAAAUUACUCAAAACACAAGCAUCCUUCAUCCUGAAUGUGAUUGUUGCAAUAAAAAGGGCAGCUUUGUUCAAUUACUGUUAGGACUGUUUCCCUAUUACAAUGUUGAGUGAGCAAAGGACUACCUAUAACAAGGCUGUGAAAAUGACCUAGAACGUUAAUUUAUGAGUGUUUUUGACACAAUUUGAGUGAUGCUGCAAACCGGAGGCAUUUUUAACUAUGAACUUCAUAAAUGGCAGGUGUCUGUUGUUCAACAUUGGCCGCAGGUGCUGGGAAAGCGAGGACUGCUGCGUUGGUUCAGAUUCAUUUUGACGUUUGGGUUAAAUUUCCGGCAACUAGCUUUCGAAGAGUAUUUUGUGCAAAGAAGUGGAAGGUAAGAAUUACAACUUUACAACGUAAGCCCUAUAAUAUAUUUAUUUUAUUUUAAAAGCCCCUCCAUGUCAAAAUCAUGUUGGUGAAUGUAAUUGUUGCCAAUAUUUUUAGUGAUUUGAUGCCAAGCCCUUACGCAUUCUUUCAUUUUGUUGCUACUGGAUAAUCACUUAUUUUUGUUCAAAUUGUCAAACCGCAAACAGCAAGAACUUUUAUUUUGUGGACCACGUUUCAAUCUUGAAUCCAGCUUAGUUUUUUAAAAGACUUUUACAAAACAGUUAUCACAGUAGCAAUUUUCAGUUUUCGCCGAGCAGUUUAUUUUCUACAAUCUUUGAGGGUUUGAAUGUUUUGUCAAAAGCGAAAUUGUAGCAUCUUUGAAGAGGCAGCUGUGACUUUCAUUUGUUCCCCUCCCCUUACAGAGCGUACUUAACUACAAAAAAAGACAUAAAAAGAAAUAUUUUUGAUUUUAGAAAAUUAUUUUUGAUGUGACAGGAAAAGAUCUAGGGGUAUGAAAGAUUUUGGGUGGGAUUUUUCAAAGCAAAUUAUGCUCAGAAAGGGCAUAGAUGCACUUUGUCCAGUUCUGAAAAAUAAUUUCAAAAGUACUACUGGUUAUUUUUAAGAACUUGAAAAAGUGCAUACUAAAAAAGGAGUUUUCAAAGCAUAUAAAUCUGCUUUAUAAAGUGUAAAGGAGGAUUAAGGUGCUUUCUAGUCAUUUUUUUUGACCGUUGGGUCCAACUCCUGAUUUUUUUUUUUAUUUUAAUUUUUUUAUAUAUUCUUUAGAAUAAUUUUGGAAAGCAAAUUGUAAAUGAUUCAUUGUUUACACUAGUCGUUUACAAUUACACAAAGUAGAAACUGCUUUGCUUCAUAUUUUUGGUGGAAAGUUGGAGUUGUUUUUUUUCCAAGAUAAACAUUUGAAGCAAAACCAAAAAGUGAAGAGUGUAUGUUUAUGAAAGAUUGUGUGUGCGUGUGUGAGAUUUUGAAUGUGUUUGUAUGAAAGUUAUGAGUGUGUAAAGUUUGAAUGGAUUUACUACUGUUUUACAUGCAGCUUCAACUGAACAGAUGUCCUCAAAAUCAAAUAUUUGUUUUACCAAAUCUUCCAGUAACGCCUCCAUCUUAAGGCUGCAUGUAAUAAGGGUAAAUCAUUUUUGUUUCAAGUUUUUGUUGACGUCGUGACUACAUUUUCGACUGGUCAGGGAUUUGACGUUUCUCAUUGUCCAUUUUAUUUCCUGUUCUACAAAUGUUCACAACUGUAUUUUGUUUCCAUUGAGAUGACAGUUCUUCAUUUUGUCUUUGCCAGUCCAUCCCUGACCAGUAUUCCCAAAACUCAUGUGUGACCUGUUUACAAUCCAAGUUUAAGUUAAAAUGUUGUUAACUGAUCUAAUUUGUUCAUGAAAUGUAUCUAGUAUGUGCAAAAAACAGUAAAAAUGAACAAUUAUUUAUAAAAAGGACAAUAUUUUCCUGUUAAGAGUGUGGACGGACAAAAAGCAAAGAAUUAAUUGGUUUUAUACGGUAAUUUUUUAUUGGUUUGAAUCGGUCACUUAUGAGUUUUGGUUAAUGCAGUUUUGAAUGUAAGUCAAUGUCACAUGUCAAGACGUCAUUUUGUUUCAUGCACAUUCAAAAUCAGUGCAAAAAGUUGGGGUGGGAGGGGAAGAAUAAAUAAAAAUAAUAAUAAAUUGGAAGAUGAUCUAAAGAAAAUACUGGGUUUAAGAUGAUUUUGGGAGAAAAUUGUGGUACAUUUUGAGACUGUUAAUUCAGAAUUGGCAAAAAAAAAAAAACAAAGCAAAAGGCUAGUCUCAAAAAAAUUACCCAAAAAAAGUUGAAGUUUCUGCGAUGCAAGAUUUAAAUUGUAAAAUGUAAUUGCUGCACUAAUCUGCUCUAAACAUUGCUUCGGGACACUUCAGCCAAAUUUAAAAGUGAAAAUUGACAAAAAACUUGAGUGUUAAGCCUUACGCAGUAUUUACAGAUCACAGGGGAUGUAAACGUGGAUUUAUAAUUGGCUAAAAUGUUGUUUUAGAAACGAUUGGACAUAUUACAACAGGGUUUUUGCAAAGAGAAGUUAUAUUUUCUUUCAGAGCUUUUAAAAUCUGACCAGAAGUUGUUUCUUUGACCUUGAUGUGAUCUCUAGAGGUUUUUAUGGCAUGUUGGUUUACACAAUACCAAAUUUGCAUGUUUGGCCCUUAUUUAAAUUUUGUCAAAUGUCUUGUUUUUAUUUGUUUUAAAUUGGAACAUGCUGCAAAAAUGGAAUUUGUCUAUUUAUUUUGUCAAAAAAAGAUGCCACGAUGUCUUGUCUCCCUGUUGUAAAAUGGAAAUACUCGCAAAGGUUAAUAAAACUCAAUAAAUUGGACUACUGAAACAA